UGGGACACCCAGAAGCCGGGAGAUGGGGUUGUUGUCAUUCAAGGAUGUGGCCAUAGAAUUCUCUCCAGAAGAGUGGGAAUGCCUAAACUCCCCUCAGCGAAUAUUGUAUAGGACUGUGAUGUUAGAGAACCAUAGAAACCUGGUUUUCCUAGGACUUGCUGUCUCUAAGCCAGACCUUAUUAUGUGUCUGGAGCAAAAGAAAGAGCCCUGGGAUAUGAAGAGACAUGGCACAUUAGUCAAACUUCCAGCUGUGACUUCUCAUUACACUGAAGGCCUUUUGCCAGAGAAGAGUAUAGAAGACUCCCUUUCAAAGGUGCCAAUGGGAAAAUAUGUGAUCCAUACUGGAGUGAAACGCUACAAAUGUGAAGAAUGUGGCAAAACCUUUCACUCUCGUUCAAACCUUAAUCAACAUACAGUGAUCCAUAAUGGAGAGAAACCCUUCAAAUGUGAAGAAUGUGGCAAAGCCUUUCACUCUCAUUCACAACUUACUCAACAUACAAUGAUCCAUACUGGAGAGAAACCCUACAAAUGUGAAGAAUGUGGCAAAGCCUUUCGCUCUAGAGGAGGAUUUUCUGGCCAUAAGACCAUCCAUUCUGGGGAGAAACCCUAG